CUCUAGAUCGUGCAGUUAUUUCAGUUCAGUUAAUAUUCUAAAUGGAUACUAAAAUGAACUAUAAUAGAAGGUUUGGAGUCUUAAAGCUUACACCAAAGUGUGUAAAUGCAGAGUUUCCAAAAACCUUCCAGUUAUCUCAGGAACAGUUGAAUUUUUUCGCGGAAAAUGGUUACUUAGUUAUGAAGAACCUAAUUGACUUUGGAUUGUUGAACAACUAUAGUUCAGUUAAUAUUCUAAAUAUGGAUACUAAAAUGAACUAUAAUAGAAGGUUUGGAUUAUUAAAGCUUACACCAAAGUGUGUAAAUGCAGAGUUUCCAAAAACCUUCCAGUUAUCUCAGGAACAGUUGGAUUUUUUCGAGGAAAAUGGUUAUUUAGUUAUAAAGAACCUAAUUGACUUUGGAUCGUUGAACAGCUAUAGAAAACGCUUUAGUGAAAUAUGCGACGGCUCAGCACCCCGCGGAAUGGUGACCAUCGUUAAAGAACCGAAGUUGAUCAAAGAAGCAAAGACGCUAGAAGAUUGUGUUAAUAAGAUGCAAGACAUCAUCGAUGAUGAGGUAUUCGCGACGUACGUAGAGAACCCAGGUCUCCUGGACGUGGUGUCCCAGCUCAUUGGUGACAACAUAUCUGCUGUGCACACCAUGGUCAUCAACAAGCCUCCUGGUACGGGUCGACAUCCUCCGCAUCAGGACCUGUACUACUUCCCCUUCAGACCAGCAGAGAAGAUCGUAACAACCUGGACGGCCAUAGACGAGGUGACCAUAGAGAAUGGAUGCCUGUACGUCCUGCCUGGGAGCCAUAGAGGAGACCUGCAUAGGCAUGGGUAUCCUGAAGACCUGUACUACUUCCCCUUCAGACCAUCAGAGAAGAUCGUAACAACCUGGACGGCCAUAGACGAGGUGACCAUAGAGAAUGGAUGCCUGUACGUCCUGCCUGGGAGCCAUAGAGGAGACCUGCAUAGGCAUGGGUAUCCUGAAAAAUUCGAACAGUUGUUCCACGGGAUCAUGGACGAAGAUAAAGUAGCCCCAGAACACAAGCGAGUUGACCUGGUUAUGGGUCCAGGGGACACAGUAUUCUUCCAAUCUGGUCUGGUGCACGGUUCCAGGCCUAAUGUGUCCAAGGUUUACCGCAAAAUCAUAUCGUGCCACUACGCCAGCGGUGACUGCCACUACAUCGAUAUAACUGGCACCGUACAGCAGAAAAUUGCUGACGAAAUAGUUGCAGCAUUUAAAAAGCGAGGCGUGGAUCUCACUUAUGAGGAAAUGUGGCGUCACAAAUGUAAACAAGUGAAACCUACAAAAUCUAAUUUGUGAAUAUAAUUAAAUAAUUUGUUACAUGAAUAUUAAACCAUAUUAAAGUGAAUAUAUUACCAGUGUGGAAAA